CAGAAGCAGUGGGCUGGACUGAAUAUCUAACUUCACAGGCAAGAGUUAAACACCUCUGAAGUGUUUUCCAGCUAGUCAUGUAACACAUCCACAUUCAGCUGGACUAAGUUCUAUGACUUUACGGCACGACAUCCUCACAACUAUUUCAGCUGUUCAAGGCUGUGUGUUGAAUGAACUGGAGGUCACGCAAACAGAAACACAAACGCCAUGAACUCCCAGGGUGGCUUUGGCAGCAGCUUCCUUUUUCAGUCCAUCAACGAUGAACUGAACGCGUCUUUGGCCACAGCAGAUGAGCUAUCAAGGGAAUUCAGCUCUCUCCUGUCGGAAGCCACUCCUGCCGUGCAAACUACUACUUCAGAGAGUUUUGGUCCCAAACCCCAGAGCAGCAGCAGCAGCAAUGGCAACAGCAGUUUAAACAGUGCAAACAAGAAUGGAAAAGAGAGCAUCAGUACAAGCGUCUUCUUUUCCCAGAUCUCCACAAGCAGCCUUAGCUCAGAGCCCACCAUCAGCAGGAAAGAAUCCAACCUGGACCUUCCUCCUGCUGCCACAAUUCGAUCCCCAUCUCCUUCACCUCAACUAGACAGUAUGAAAUAUAUAACUUCAUCUCCUAGUCCUUUUACCCAGCAGCAUUUCUCUUUUACAAACCGUAAAGACAGCUCGGAUUCACGAUAUUCGUUCGACCAAAAGACUCCUCCCCCUAACAUGUCUCCAAAUGCAAUGAGACGAAUGACACAGAUGCCCCUGAGGCCUCAGGAUCGAAGCACCAGAGGAUCGUUGAGCUAUGGGGAGCUCUCCAGCCCUUCCUUUGAAAACAAAACAUCUCGCAGCUUGCUGCAGCCCUCAACAAGCCCCUUGUCCUCGAUUCCCAGGUCUCCAAGGUUGGAUCGAGCACCUUCUCCUCAGCCUUUGAGUCAACCAGCAGCCAAUACACUACCACGCAACUUCCAGCCAUUCAGACCCUUAGAUGAAGGAAUACAGAUGCAGAAGAACCCAUCCAAGUGGAACGAGACCGACCUGGAUGCAUACGAAAGAAAGCCCCAAAACACCUAUGAUAAGAAUGAAUGGAUCAGACCAUCUGUACCCAACAGCAACUGGAAAGAAUCAAACCUGGACGCACCUCCUUAUGCUAAGAAGGAUACCAUGCCCCGUUCUCUCCCAUCAUCUCACAGCUCGCUCCCGAGGAACACUCGUAUCUCAGUACACCCUGAACUUGCCUCAAGCACCAGCUCAACUUAUGGCCCUCAGCCAAUCAUUUCCCGUGUUUCCCUUCCACCUGCAAUCUUUAGAGUACGUCAGCAUGGGCCGAUCCCGCUUUCCGUCAUCAUGAGGCUCCAAAACCCCUAUUAUGCUGCAGCUGACAGCAUAUACGCCCCUAGCCCAGUGGUAGAGCCCCAGCAAGGGAUAUUUCACCAACAUCUUCCCCAGCGGCAAAAUCAGACACCUCAACCUCAGCAACCUCUAAGACAACCUCCCUACUCUAGAGAAGCAGUACUCCACCCUGGAGAUGUUGAUGCUGAGCUUGAGAGACAGGACAAAAAACAAGGACCUGUGUAUUCAACUGACCAAGGCAUGAAACCAGAAGAAGAAGUUAAAGUGGAGGAUACAGAGAUGCCUCCUCGCCCUCUCAGUCCUACGCGUCUGCAGCCCGUGGUAUCCCCACAGGCGGAGUUGGACACUUCCCUGGACGAGGUGAUGCGUAUCCGGGCCGAGUUCCCCAGGGCUCUGAAGAAACGCUGCUCAGUCGACAUUCCUCAGACCCUGCACAACCUGCCCAUUGCCCAGUCCCACCAUUACAAGCAAAUGAUCAAUAAACUGUUUAGCAGGAAGACCAUCCGUAUCAAGGAAGUACCAGCUGCUGAAAUUAUCAACACUACAGAUGGGGAAGACAGUUCCAGAUCUGCUGUAGCUUUGGAUCCAGUACCAAACACAGCGAUACCGGUCUCUUCUGAACAGAAGGGUUAUCACUCUAUCUUACGGAAGGGCAGCAAAACCAAUAAAUCCUCCAGCCGUAGGGCUCACCUGAACCCACUGGUCCUGUUAUUGGAUGGGUCCUUAGUAGGAGAAUUAGAAACUGUGCAGAGGGCUGCACAGGAGAUGAGUGACCCAAGCAAGGCUAAUGAUGAAGGCAUCACAGCCCUCCACAAUGCCAUCUGUGGCGGACACCUCUCCGUGGUGGAGUUCCUCGUGCGGAUAGGGGCUAACGUUAGUGCUCCAGACAGCCACGGCUGGACACCCUUGCAUUGUGCUGCGUCCUGUAAUGACCAGCGAAUGUGUGAGUUUCUGGUGCGGAAUGGAGCAGCGGUGAUGGCUGUAACAGACAGUGAUGGGGCCACAGCGGCACAGAAGUGUGACCCCUUCGCCCCGGGCUUCGAGGAGUGUGAGAGCUUCCUGAGAGGUGUGGAGGAAAAGAUGGGUGUAGAUAACAGUGGGGUGGUGUACGCUAUAUGGGGAUAUCCUGCCCAGGCUCCAGACGAACUGAGCUUCAAAGAAGGAGACAUGGUGACCAUCCUGCAGAAGCCUGAAGGAGUGGACUGGUGGUGGGCUUCAUUGUGUGGAAGAGAGGGCUUUGUACCAAAUAACUACUUUGGGCUUUAUCCGAAAGUGCGGCCCAAGUCACUCUGCUGAACGCAUCCACAAAUAGAGAUCAAUGCAUCUGAAUCAUGCAGGCAAGUCUAAAUGCAGGUUUCACAUGUGUGUUUGAAUAUGUGAGUGUUUUUUUUUCUUAUUUCUUACCUUUAGAUUAUGUUUAAUGGACCGCUUUGAUGGCAUUAGAAAAAUGCACACUGUACAACUUUGGAGUGUUGUUUUUUUUUUCAGUUUUCUCUAUAGACCACCAUGACAAAGUCACUUCACUGGGAAUAGUGGAUUUAUUUAGACUUUACCAACGGAAAAACUGUUGUUAAAAAUUGUGCUUGCAGGUCAGAGCAUUCUACCUAUUUGAUUUCAGGGAUACGGUUUCAUUGUAUGAGCAAACUGCAAUAGACUUGAUGCAUAAAUGAAUAAAAGUCUCAGAAUUA